AUGCCAGAAAAUGGAAGAUUGAGAAGGAGUCUGGCAAGGCUAAGUCAAAAUGGGUCUUCGUCGAUACAAUAUAAUGGAAAACGACCACAUAAUGCAUUAAAUGAAACACCAGCAAUCAAAUCCAAACGAAGAAAGAUGGAAUCAAGAAGUAAAGAAGACAAACUUGCCGAUAUUAUAGUGGAUUUUAACUUGGCUGUAAAUGAAUUGUAUCAUUUAAAAGAAUAUAAAUCCCUUCUAUCUUGGGAUCCACAAGAAAACUCGAGUACGAACAGUAAGAUAAUUAAAGUGGAACUUGAUGAAUUCAUCAAAACAAAUAAGUAUAAACUAACUUGGGAUGGUGAACUUGAAAGCAGUUCAGACAUAGAAAGUCUACCUUUGAGAUUUCAGAAGAAAAAGCUAGCAGAACAGGAACGAUUAUUAAAUGAAAAAUAUCCCUUCAGACAAGAGGUUCUAGCGAAUAGUUUAGAAAUUGAAAAUAGUAUACUCCAUAAAAUAAAACCAGAUCAACUACUGAAUUUACAAUCAAUUAAAAUAAAAGCAAAACCGGGACCUAAACCCAAGAUCCAACAAUCAACAGAAGCACAAGAUAGGGUCAACCGAAGGAAAGGGAAAACAACAAUAACAGUGACAGAUAAUAUAGAAAAGGAUAAUGAAGAGCAACAGGAGGAUGGCGAAAUGGAGGAAACGAGUGAUUAUGAACAUGAACAACAAGAAGAUGGUGACCAAGAAGCUGAGGAAACGGACCAGCCCCAAGAAUCUGAAGAUGAAUCUAGCAGCAUUAUUGAAGUGGUUGAUAAUAAUGAAAUCGAACAGCAAAUGAAUCAUCGAAUCAAAAGCAUCAAGCGUACCAUCCCAUUACCGAUAAUCACCCAUCCAUCACAUAUUCCAAGAUGGAGACCAGAACAUCAAGUCAGGAAUUCACAAAUCCAGGGAUCAAAAGAGGAUGAUAAAAUCAUUGAUUUUAACCCUAUACCAUUAACAAUUACUCAAACUCGUGAAGAAACAUUGGUUGCACCAGAAUUGACAGUCAAGCUUCGUAAGUUUUUGGACAAUGACUUCAAAACCCCUAUUAUCGAUGAAGGAAGUAUGCCUGAUUAUAAUUUUACCAGUGAUGAGUACAACAAUAUAAUGUUACAACAAGAAGAAUUGCUAGAAAAAUUGCGUUAUAAAAUUAAUGUCGAGAAGAGUCUUCAAUUAAAUGGUGACAAAGUUGAACAGCGUAAGGUUGUUCUACCACAAUCUAAUAUCAAACUCACUGAUCCAUUUAGAAAUACAUCUUCAGUGUCACCCAAAAUCCAAGGUAUAUCUAAUAAUGCGACACAUCAAGAUCACUUGCUUGCACAAGGUAUUUCAUUUUCCAAAGUACAUCAACAGAUGAGAAGACAACAUCAAUUGAGAAUUAGAAAAAUUGCCUCUAUGAUAGAACAGCACUUCAAAAAGAAGAGAGGAGAAAAGGAAAGGUUGGCCAAGGAAAGAGAACAAAAUCUCAAGAAGAUAAGCAGAAUGACUAUGCAAGCUGUAAAGAAGAGAUGGAAUCAAGCCUACAAGGUUUACCAAGUAAUGCAAAGUGAGAAAGAGGAGGAGCUUAAAAAAAUUAAAGGUAGACAACAUUUAAGCGAAAUGUUGGAGCACUCCACCCAGUUAUUGGAAGCUCAGUUAACUUCUUCCAGAGAAGCGACAACAGAACCGGAAAGCAGACAUUCACUGUCAAGCGAUGAACAAGAAAAUGUGGAUUCAGAUGACUACAUGUCAACCGACGAAGAUGAAGAAGAUGAAAAACACUUAAAUGGAACUAAAGUGGAUGUUUCAGCACGUGAUGAGGAUAAUGAUAUGAAAUUAUCUGUGGAGGAAUUGCGAAAAAAAUAUGCAAAUUUGGAGGAUUCAUUGGAACCUGUAUCGUCAAAUUUAACUUCUGAUCGAGAAUUGAGUUCAGGUAGUGAGAAUGGAGAUGUCAAUUCAAAUGACAGCGACAGCGACGACGAAGAUGAAGAUGAAGAUGAAGAUGAAGAUGAUGAUGAUGAUGAUGAUGAUGAAACAGAUGUCACGCGAGGUCUUGCUUCGUUAUAUAAUGAAGAUGAGGUUUCUCAAAGUCCUGCUCCAAAUCAGGAAUACACACAAGAGGAGAAGAAUUUAAUUGAUGAACUCAACCGAGAGAAUACCAGUGAAAUGGAUUCUAUAUUGGAUUCUGAUUCCGAUUCUGAAAGUUCUAUUUCAGAUAGUAUGUCUCUGGAUGAUGAGAACGAAGAAGCGGAAGAGGAACUGCAUGGUGAAGAUAAUGGAAAUGGGAGUACUUUUACACAAAAUGGAAGCAGUCUUGCAAGUCUAUUUACCGGUAAAGGCUUCGAUUCAGAUGAUGAUGAUGAUGACAAUGACGUUGAUAUCUCAAAUGAAAUGCCAGAAGCCGAUUCCGACGAGAAUAUGACUUCUUCCUCUUCUGAUGAUGAUGAUGAUGAUGAUGAUGAUGAUGAUGAUGAUGAUGAUGAUAAUGAUGAAAAAGUUGUAACAAAUGGUCUGUUGAUUAAGCAAGAAACGCCACCAUCUGAAGAUGAUGAUAGUCAUGUUGAGGUUAUUAAUGGCUCUAAAGUUAGGGAUGUACCACUUCCAUCGCUUUUGCGUGGUACAUUGAGACCUUAUCAGAAACAAGGUUUGAAUUGGUUGGCUAGUUUGUACAACAAUAAUACGAAUGGUAUUCUUGCCGAUGAGAUGGGUUUAGGUAAAACUAUUCAAACAAUUUCAUUAUUGUCUUACUUGGCAUGCGAGCAUCAUAUUUGGGGACCACAUUUGAUUAUUGUCCCAACUUCAGUUAUGUUAAAUUGGGAGAUGGAAUUCAAAAAAUUUGCUCCAGGUUUCAAAGUGUUAACGUAUUACGGUUCUCCUCAACAAAGAGCACAGAAGAGAAAGGGAUGGAACAAGCCAGACGCGUUCCAUGUUUGUAUCACAUCUUAUCAAUUAGUUGUUCAAGAUCAACAAUCAUUCAAACGUCGAAGAUGGAGAUAUAUGAUUUUGGAUGAAGCGCAUAACAUUAAGAAUUUCCGUUCCACGCGUUGGAGAGCAUUAUUAAAUUUCAAUACCGAAAACAGAUUACUUUUAACUGGUACUCCGUUGCAGAACAAUUUGAUGGAAUUGUGGUCAUUGCUCUAUUUCUUGAUGCCAUCAUCCAAAGUCAACCAAGCUAUGCCUGAAGGAUUUGCAAACUUGGAUGACUUCCAACAAUGGUUUGGAAAACCAGUUGAUAAAAUUUUAGAACAAACCACAACGGGUAAUGCAGAUUUAAUUGAUGAGAAUGAAAGAGCGACACAAAAAAUGGACGAAGAGACCAGAAAUACAGUUGCUCGAUUGCAUCAAGUAUUGCGUCCAUAUUUAUUGCGUCGUUUGAAAAAAGAUGUCGAAAAACAAAUGCCUGGUAAAUUUGAACAUAUUGUAUAUUGUCGUUUAUCAAAAAGACAGAGGUUCUUAUAUGAUGACUUUAUGUCGAGAGCCAAGACUAAAGAAACUUUGGCAUCGGGUAAUUUCCUUUCUAUCAUUAAUUGUUUGAUGCAAUUGAGAAAGGUCUGUAACCAUCCUGACUUAUUUGAGGUGCGCCCAAUUGUUACAUCAUUUGCUAUUCCCAGAUCAGUACCAUCAUUUUAUCAAACCACAGACCAAUUGAUAAGAAAACAAUUUGAACUCGAGGAUGAAAUUGACUUUAGUGUUUUAAAUUUGGAUGUAACCAGUUGUGAGGAUAUGAAUUUUUUUAUUUGCCAGUCUUCUCGUAAGUUAAAGUCAUCCGGACCAUUACAAGAGCAGAUCAACCAAUUAGAAGAGUUGGAAAGUGGACUAGAAAAGGCCGAUCCUACAAAUCAUGUGAAUUACUACCAGCACCUCAAACACGAAAACCAGAUGGAUGUUAAAGAGAAAUUGAAACAGACGUUAUAUUUAAACACAUUGAGAUGUGACAGAAAACCAAUAUAUGGUAAUUCCUUGUUGAAGCUACUUACAUUAGCACAACGUGACUAUACGGAUAUGCCCUUCAAUAAGUACUGUAAGAGUAUAACUGAAAGAGCAGUUUUCAUGGAUGAUACCAUCGAGAAGUUUUCUAUUGUUACUCCUGCUGUUGUUGCUUUGGAUAUGAAGGAUCAAUUGAUUCCUAUUUCAACAAGACGAAGAGUAAUGAGUGAUGUAGCAGAGAAUAAAGUUGAAAAUCCAUUCCAUAAAUCUCAAGUCAAAUUAUCCAUUGCAUUUCCUGAUAAAUCGUUAUUGCAAUACGAUUGUGGUAAACUUCAAAGAUUAGCUACCUUGUUACAAGACUUAACAGCUCAUGGUCAUAGAGCUUUGAUCUUCACGCAAAUGACAAAAGUUCUAGAUAUAUUGGAACAGUUUUUGAAUAUUCAUGGAUAUCGAUACAUGAGAUUAGAUGGGGCUACUAAGAUUGAGGAUCGUCAAUUGUUAACUGAAAAAUUCAACCGUGAUCCUAAAAUCCCUGUAUUCAUCUUGUCAACGAGAUCUGGUGGUUUGGGUAUUAAUUUGACAGGUGCUGAUACUGUGAUCUUUUACGAUUCAGAUUGGAACCCUGCAAUGGAUAAGCAAUGUCAAGAUAGAUGUCAUAGAAUUGGUCAAGUUCGUGAUGUCCAUAUUUACAGAUUUGUUUCAGAGUACACAAUUGAAUCAAAUAUUAUUAAAAAGGCAAACCAAAAAAGACAGUUGGACAAUGUUGUUAUUCAAGAGGGUGAAUUUACAACCGAUUAUUUUGGUAAGUUCUCUGUUCGUGAUCUUGUUAGUGAUACCACAGCCAUAGCCAAUGAUAUUAGUGAUCGUACUAUUGACUUUUCAGGCGAUGCUAAAAUGGGUACUGUUUUGGCCCAAGCGGAAGAUGAGGAAGAUAGAGUCGCAGCUGGUGCAGCUUUGAAAGAAGUUGCCAUUGAUGAUGAUGAUUUCAAGGAUGAUACCAAAUCUGCCACCACGGGCGGUACACCAGCGCCAUCAGAUGUCAAUUCAAAUGGUAUUUUUGGUAUUGACGACGAGACUGGAUACGUAGAUGUGGACUUUGAUGAAGGUAUUGGUCAUAUUGAUGAGUAUAUGUUACGUUUUAUUGCAGAUGGAUAUUAUUAA